AUGGGAACCAACGACGAAGAGAACAUUGAAGGAAGGAACGGUUCAUCGAGGAGGAAAAUACAUUCGACGCAAAGAGAUUUAUGGUUGAAACCGUUGUUGAAGUUGAAGCAACAGGAGGACAUUAUUGAAAGAGGAAUAGUUACUGCCAUCGGUAACAUGAAGAUAGACGGGGAUUUGUUGAAGGAUAUUGUCCACGAACAAAGGGAAAUAACAUCCAAAAGACAAACCUUUCUAAACUCGAUGUAUCGAAGUAUAGAGGACAUCGCGAACGAAAUGGAGUCUGCCAAACGCGUGACGAAGGACCCUGAGGAAUUAAAAAAAUUAGAUGUAGACACGUACAAAUUAAAAUUGAUCAAAUUUUGGCAAAAAAUGCAGGAUUUCAAGAAAUCUUGCUCCAUCGAUACCUUAGUGGAAGAACAAAACGCCCUUGGCGCCGAAUUACGCGAAUUUGUGCCGCAGCUAGAAAAAUACGAGAACGUCCAGAAGAACAUUUUAUCGUCGUGCCAAAAUCUAAUAGAAAACAGGAAAGAGAGAAAAGAUUACGGGGAAGUGGAGGAUUUUCAUGAACUGGUCGCGAGAACAGGGCACAUGAAUAAUUGGACGUCGGAGGAUCACCUGUACUUCCUGAAAAUGCGAAAGAAAUGUGAUAAAAUUUCGGCCCUGGUCGCGGCCAUUAAAAAAAAAUGCCCCGAUCUAUCGACGGUGGCUAUAGUGAAUCACGAGAUAUGGUACAAACGGUACACGAAUUUACGCGAGAAGCAAAAAUCAGCGAUAAAGGAAUGGCGACAGAGAAAGGAACUGGAGAAAACGAAGAGCGUCGAUGAGUUUCGGAGCACCGAGAGCUGUUUCGAAGAUGAUUUGAACGAGGAUGAGAAAACGGUGACUUCGAAACAGAAAAGGGCAUCGCGAGCAGAAGCGUCGAGAUCGAAUCGCAGCGCGGACUCGAACGAAAGCGAGAAGAAAGAGCUGAUUAAAAAAUGGCGGAUGGAGAAGGAGAAUAAGCGCACGAUGGACGAAGAGCAAAUGAAAGUUCGGAUGAAAAUGAAACGGGAAACGGAGGAGAAGCAAAGAAGAAAACGACGGGAGAGGAUCCAAGAAGCUUUGGAGGAAUAUAAGAAGAAGAAAUAUUUCGAAAACGCGUCGAGGGAAUCGAGCGCGGACUCGAAAGGGAAAUGUACCUACGAUUCAGCGUUGGUCAAAGCUUUCAGAAAGCAGGAUGAAGAGUACACGAAAAGAAGAAAAGACUUGAUACUGCGUUCGCAGAAGUCCCAUAAAAUUGAAAUCACGGAAGAGAAAAGGUCGGAGCUUUUGAAAAACAGAAGCUUUUCCACUCUACUGAACAGUACAGCGGUUUGGAGAGAGAAAUGCAAGGAUGAAAGUCCGGUGAGACGUUCUAACGAGCUGUUGUACAUUAAAGACAUUCCGAAAGUAUGCUUUCGAUGGAGAAACGAAGAAUCUGGAGAUUUGAAAAAUAUGAUAACGUUCGAUUAA